CAUUUGUCGAGUGCAGUUCACUCAAGAGGUCUUACGGAAAUCGUCCGCAGUGACAUCUACUACGUCCGUUCGAUAUCGCAAUUGAAUCAAUACUUGAGCCCGUGCUCGCCAUCAACAACAACACAUCGCCUUUUGCAGUGACAUCGCGCAUCACUUCCUACCAGCUACACUUAUCGAGAGCUAGGAAACCGCCACCGACAUGUCUACCCAGGCCGCAGUCGAAGCCCUCCUCGAGGAGACGGCCCGCGAGGUCGAGAUGAAGGACGCCGAGCGCACCGCCAGCAGCGAGGCGCGCGACACCGACAGCCGCCGCGACGACCGCCAUUCAGACCGCCGAGACCGUCGCGAUAGGAGCCGAGACCGUGGGGACCGUCAUCGUGAGUCCAAUGGAGACCGGCGACGAAGCCGCGACAGAGACCACCGCCGAAGAGACGGAAGCCGUCCUCGUUCAAGCAAAGGUGCUGACACAGAUGAAGACCGUGAUAGGCCCCGCCGCAGCAGCUCGCGCGACCGCCGUGGAGGUCGUGGAGGCCGUGACCGUGGAGGCGACUUCUAUAGCGGUGGAGGUCGUCCGCGUUCCCGCUCCCCUCGCGACCGUGGCAACGAUAGGUACCGCGAUAGGUCGCGCGACCGCCGUCCCCGCAACGGUGGUGAUGAGCGCCGCAACAGCCGUCGCAAUGCCACCCCGCCCGAGCCCGAGGUCACCGAAGACGACCGCGACAAGCGCACCAUCUUCGUCCAGCAGAUCUCUCAGCGCGCUGAGACCCGCCACUUGCGCACCUUCUUCGAGAGGGUUGGCCCUGUUGUCGAAGCUCAGAUCGUCAAGGACCGAGUCACUGGCCGGUCCAAGGGCGUCGGCUACGUUGAGUUCAAGGAUGAAGCGUCUGUUCCCCAAGCACUGGAGCUGACUGGCCAGAAACUGAAGGGUGUUCCCAUCAUUGCCCAGCUUACUGAAGCAGAGAAGAACCGUGCUGCUCGUCCCUCUGAGGGUGGUGCUGCCCCCGGUGCCAACGGCGCCCCUUUCCACCGUCUCUACGUUGGCAACAUACACUUCAGUGUCACCGAGAAGGAUCUCCAGGAGAUCUUCGAGCCUUUCGGUGAGCUUGAGCAGGUCAUCCUCCAGCGCGAUGAGAUGAAUCCUGGCCGAUCCAAGGGAUAUGGUUUCGUUCAAUUCGUUGAUCCUUCGCACGCUAAGAAUGCUCUCGCAGAGAUGAACGGUUUCGAGCUCGCUGGCCGCCAGAUUCGCGUCGGUCUCGGCAAUGACAAAUUUACCCCAGAAUCGACCGCCAACCUCCUACGUACUUUCACUCAACAAGCACAAUCCUACCAGGGCUCUGCUUUCAGUGGUGCCGGUGGCCGAGGCGCCUAUGCUGGUGGUUCCGGUGGUGUCUUCGACCGUACCCACAGCAAGGACGACCGCGGUGUCAGCGGAGCCUCUGCGCUUGAUGACACUGAUGUCGCAGGAGUUAACUACAAGACUUAUGACCGCAGCAGACUCAUGGAUGCUCUCGCUCGCCGCGACGUCCCCGACUCCAAGCAGGGCAGUCAGUCUGCCAUGCCUACACCUACCACUCGCAAGCCUGCUGCCCCCGCCCCCGCCACUCCCAUGGCUUCCAAAUGCGUUAAGAUCGAGAACGUCUUCGAUGCUGACGAGGAACAACGCAACUGGGGCGACAAUUGGGUCAAGGACCUUGAAGUCGAGAUCAAGGCUGAGUGCGACAAGAAGUACGGCAAGGUCGUUCAUAUUGCUGUUGAUGCCAACAGCGAAGGAGACGUCUUUGUUAAGUUUGACUCCGUCUCUGGUGGUGAGAAGGCUCUCCAAGGUCUUAAUGGUCGCACGUUCAACAGCCGCACUAUCCGCGCCUCGUACGUUGUCGAUAAGAUCUAUAACUCCCUUUGGGGUGCUGCUGCAAGCAGGUUCUAAGCGAUUGGUACGUUACAACUGUCAUGAGAUAUGUGGUAGGUACUGCUGCUGGGCAUACCCAAUCACUCAUGUGUACAGCAUACCCCAUGGGCUCAUACGGUUUCUACACGGCUCAUUCUCUUGGUUCACUCUUACGGUUACUAUCACGGCACAGUCUUACACCUUCGGUACGCAUGCAUGGCGUUGACGGUAUGGUACGGCUCUCUUUUCUUUCUUCUUCAUUUCUUGGGUACCGGCCUUUGUGUCGUGCUAGCGAAAACAUGCAACGUGCGGUGCUUCCAGUGGUGGAGGCUGCGUUGUUACCAACACAUGAAGGAUAAAUAAGCGUUCAGAGGUACUAUGGAAAUUUCGGUGGAUAUUGGGACGAUAAUGUCUGGGUGGAUAAUCAACAAGGUUGUUUAGGCAGACGAUGGGUGACAAGUUGGUGGACUAUUGCUUGCUUCGGU